GUUAGCCGUGUAUUUUUUUGAGGUGAUCCUUUCUUUCUCAUCCACACCAUCUCUGUGUUUUCUCUCUCAUAAAAACACACACAAAAAGAGAGUUUGUAGAAGAAGAAGACCCUCUCUCUCUCUCUCUCUCUCUCUCUCUCUCUCUCUCUCUCUCUCUUCUUUUGUUCUUAUUACAUGCAUGCCUAUAAUUGGAUUUUCUUGAUUUUAGCAAGAAAUCAAAAACAAGAAAAACCCCAUUGCCAAACCUUCAACCAAAAAGUUGUCUGGUGGGGUGAAGCCAAACAUGAAGAAGAAGCCAUAAUCAAGGCAAGAGGCAGUUUUGAAGCUUUGUGAGAGAGAAAGUUUCAAUCUUUCAAGCAAGAACCCCAAAAGAGAGGCUUAAAAACACUCACUUUGUCCAAAUUUUUUUCACCUACUUUAAUUUAGCCUUUCUCAACUAGGUCAGUGUAUUUUUUUGUCUUCAGAUCUAAAAAAUUCCUGUCUUAUUCCCAACAACAACAACUUAGUUAAAGAUCUAUGUCCUCAUCCCACUUCCCAUGAUGCAAGAUUAAUUUUUUUUCUCUCUCAUCACCAAAAAAAAAUCCCAGCUGCCACCGUUGAAAAACCAUGAUGAAAACCUCAGCCACCCAAGACUGGUAGGAAAAAAAAAAAAAAAAAAAAAAAAAAAAAAAAACCUCAGCCACCCAAGAAGAGAACAUCUCCAACCUCACCACCGCCUCCACCGACGCCAGCGCCUCCUCCACCGGCGGCGAAAUGUACCCUCCGCCGUAUUUCCCAGCACAAACCACCCCACCUCCGCCGCCAAAGAAAAAGAGAAGCCAACCAGGCCAUCCAGACCCUGGUUCAGAAGUGAUAUCUCUCUCUCCGAGAACUCUCAUGGCGACGAACAGAUUCGUGUGUGAAAUCUGCAGCAAAGGGUUUCAGAGGGACCAGAAUCUGCAGCUGCAUCGAAGAGGGCACAAUCUGCCAUGGAAGCUGAAGCAGAGAAGCAGCAAAGAUGUGAUGAGGAAAAAGGUUUAUGUCUGCCCCGAGACAAGCUGCGUCCACCACGAUCCAUCGAGGGCUUUGGGAGAUCUCACAGGAAUCAAGAAACACUUUUUUAGAAAACAUGGUGAGAAGAAAUGGAAAUGUGAGAAGUGCUCAAAGAAGUAUGCUGUUCAAUCAGACUGGAAAGCUCACUCCAAAACAUGUGGCACUAGGGAAUACAGAUGUGACUGUGGCACCCUUUUUUCAAGGAGAGACAGCUUCAUCACACACAGAGCCUUCUGUGAUGCUCUAGCAGAAGAAAGUGCCAAAUCCAUCCCCACCACAAUCAUCCCAUCAAAUUCAUUCUCCCACCACAUAAAUCUCCAACAGAUUCAAUCCCAACUCCCAUUCCCAAUCAAGAAAGAGCACCAAACCUUUACCCUAAGGCCACCUUGGCUACCACCCCAAACCCAACCCUCCCUCUUCCAAGAUUUUCAAGAAAACCCCCAAAAUCACCACAACCCAAACCCUAACCCUAACACCACCAUGGUGCCCACCCCCUUCCACCCCCACCCCCACCACCUCCCACCUCCACACAUCUCAGCCACUGCAUUGCUGCAGAAAGCAACAGAGAUGGGCUCCAAAAGCAGCGGGGCCCACCACGCUGCUGGGGAGAAAACCCCAACAACAGCUGGUUUCGGCCUAAAGCUGGCCUCACGUGAUCACCACCAGUUCAUCAAUGGCUUGGCUCCAUUCAGCAACAAUAAAGCUGCUUCUCCUCUUUCUCCUCCUCCUAAUUCCCAUUCUAUGCUCCACGAGAUGAUGAUGAUCAGCGCCUCCGGAUUCGAUCAUCAAGAAUCAGCCUUUGAAGACGAAGAUCUGUCUUUUGCUGGGAUCUUGAACAACAACACCUCGUCGUCCUCUUCGUCGAGGAGGGUCGACGAAAGUUUGGAUUUUGAUGCGACCCUCAAUCAGUUCGGAGCCUCUAAUGGCGGAAACCACGACGAUGGGAUGACGAGGGAUUUUCUAGGGUUGAGGCCCUUGUCUCAGAGCGACAUUCUAAGCUUUGCAGGUUUGAGUAAUUGCAUCACUACUACUUCUUGUGGUGAGCAUCAAAGCCAAACUCAAAGAUCUUGGCAAGGUUAGGUUUUGGUGGGGUGAGAUAAGAUUAGAGUCUUGAACCUUGUUCAAUGUAUGUAUGGUUUCUUUAGUUUA